AUGGAGGACCACGUUCGUCAGAGCAUGUCCAACCACCCAACUCCCUUCCACCAUCACCACCACCAAUCCCCUCGCGAACACCACACCCCUCUCUCCUAUAAUGAAGCCACGAGCACGGCCUUGGAACCAAUUGAACAGAACCAGCAUCAGCAAUACCAUCGCUCGACCAGCGACAGCGAUGAAGAGAACCAGCCGCCACCGCACUACACCCGCGAAAAUGACCCCUUCCAACUAGCCUCGAAGAUUAAAUCGGAGGAAGAGAUCCGCCAGAUCCAGAUCCAAGCAAACACAUCCCGGAAGCGGAAGAUGGCAGGAAAUGGCGGCACAGCGGCAGUGGCAGCUACGGCACUGAAGAACCCCAAGGCGACAAUGACCGGGGCGAGCCGGCUUUCCGGAUUCUACAAGACGCAGAACGAGAAUAUCGAGCGGAUGCUGAAGCCCGUCGAGGAACACGUCCGGGCCGCGCGUGAAACAAACAGCAACAACCAGCUGCGCUACAAGAUCGCCGUGUACGGUAGUUUCGCGGCCAACGUCGCGCUAGCCAUUCUCCAGCUCUACGGUGCCAUCGCGUCCGGUUCACUCUCCCUCUUCACAACCAUGGCAGAUGCCGUCUUCGACCCCUUGUCCAACCUCACUCUCCUCCUCUGCAACAAAGCUGUCAACCGCGUAAACCCACGCAAAUUCCCCGCCGGCAAAGCCCGCAUCGAAACAGCAGGCAAUAUCUGCUUCUGCUUCCUCAUGACCUCCGUCUCCCUUAUCCUCAUCGCCUUCUCCUGCCGCGAACUAGCCGAAGGCUCCACCUCCCCAACCGGCGAAUUCCACCUCCCUUCCGUCAUCGCCGUCGUUGUUGCCUUCGCCACAAAACUCGCCCUCUUCAUCUACUGCUGGGCCAUGCGCAACCAAGUCUCCCAAAUCCGGAUUCUCUGGGAAGACCACCGCAACGACCUCAUCAUCAACGGCUUCGGUAUCCUCACAUCUGUGGGCGGCAGCAAACUCCGCUGGUGGAUCGAUCCCAUGGGCGCUAUCAUCCUGUCUUGCCUGGUCGGCUGUCUGUGGCUGUACACCGCAUACCACGAAUUCCAGCUGCUCAUUGGCGUUACCGCGGAUACCAAGAUGCAGCAGCUGAUUACGUAUAUCUCGAUGACGCACUCGCCUAUGAUCACGGCUAUUGAUACCGUUCGUGCGUAUACUUCUGGACCAAGGUUGUUGGUUGAGGUUGAUAUUGUGAUGGAGCCGAAUGAGUCGCUACGGGCUACACAUGAUGUCGCGGAGGAAUUGCAGAUGAAGCUCGAGUCGUUGCCGGAUGUGGAGAGGGCGUAUGUGCAUGUGGACUAUGAGACAACGCACAAGCCUGAACAUUUUCUCAAGAAGGAACUGUAA